GGCUGAUGAUGAGUAAAUUUUUGAAGGUAAAAUUAAAGAAACACAAUCUAAAUUUAUCACGAAAAUCAGUAAUAAAUUUGAUAUGUAACUGAUUCACUAUGAACAAUCAACAUACUGGAAUACGAUUGGAUACACGUUGUCUUUAUAUUUAUUGUAUUCUGAAGAAGAAAUCAGGAUCUCUUUAGUCGACAAAUUUGUGUUCUCGGAAACGACCGGAUUUUUGUUCUUGUGUCGAUGAAAAUCGAAUGGAUUUUGAUCCGAAAAAUGUGCACAAUUUUAGAUUUGCAUGCAGCUCCGCUAAUGUGAAUUGAUUUCACAGAAUACUUUACAAUUAGUUCUGGAUUAAUAAUUUGGAAUAUUUUAUAUGGAAGAAUUGCUUGGUGCAGCCCAGCAGCUUUCGAAAGGGCCUAGCCUAGCAUCGGCUACGUCACAUAGCCUGAGGUAGGGCGUCGGUGGUGGUAAGAACCUAUUGAACAAGGCCCAUGAGAGAUCGGACUUCAAUUUCUAAGCCUCGCCUUAUGUUGUUUUAAUUCAGUGAAGACUUCAAAUUUGCUCACUCAAACAAGAGGCUAUUUUUUGGAUGAUGUCAUUGCAUACAGUGUUUAAAUCUUGAAAGCUGAUCCGGAGGCAGGACAGUGAAAUUAGAGAAAGAAGAACAAUUUAUUUGCAGACAAUCAAGCAUCUUAUUAUUUGUAAAAAAAACUGUUAAAAAUACAGAUGUACUUUUCAUUUCAACCGAUCAACUGGAACAUUUUUGAGAGACGCAGUCACUUUUAAUAGGAAAUAAUAAAAAAUGCCAAGUUCUCGAAGUGGUAACCGGCAUAGAAGCCGUAGUCCACAUCAUCGGCCUAGCCCUGCUGGUUCUUCAUCAAAACACAAAAAGCACAAGAAACGCAAUAAAAAAGACAAGGAGUCCCAAAAGGUUGCCAAAUUAGUUGAGUAUGAUGACAUCAGUAGCGAAGAUGAGAACUUCUCAUGGCAAAACUCUCCAGUGCCUACAUCUCCAAAGAGAGAGAGGUCUCGCUCACGUAGAGGAAGUUUAUCGCCUGGAACCCUUAUACAAAUGCAUAAACUCAGUCAGGCAAAAGGCAAAAGUACUCAUCAACCGCAUCGUUCAAGACCAUCCUCCUCAUCAAAGAGGAAGUUGUCUCCAGCAGAACCUCCACGGGCAUACCGGUACAGUCCGUCUCCAGAACAGCAGCCACGAGCUUACAGACCAAAGGCUACAAAUGAAAGGCGAUACGAGCCUAACAGAAGAUUACGCCGUAGUCCGAGUCCACCUCCAAGAUCGAGACGUUCACCAAAUGCAUACCAUAUAGGGCGUUCCCCUAGUCCUCGACGAAGAAGCCCAGAAUCACCGAGGAUUUCGGACAGCUCUAGACGUAGCAGGACAAAUCAUGGGUCUUACCAUUCCCGAUCCAGGUCGCCUUCCAAACCUCGCCGUAGAAGCCCAGAUGGUGAUUAUGCAUCAAAUUUAGCAGCUGAAUUGGUCAGGACAAGGAAAAAAAAGGAAAAAAGUCACAUAAAACCACUACCAAAAAAUAGUGGAGAUCAAAAAUCACCAAAAAAGGCAUUUGUGGAAAAGCCUGAUUAUAAAUACACAGAAACAUGUGCCCCAAUCGAAGUUACAAUUAAAAAUGACCGUAAACCUGAGUCACCAACAUUGGAUAGAAAGGUGCAUAAGACAGAUGGAGAAACCAACAAGGUUGUUGUAAGUGGUACAGGAAGACAAGUAGAGAACCUCACCAUUACAAAAGAUGUUAAAAAGGAAGAAAUACCAAAGGAUGUAGGUCAAUCAAAACCAACAAUAAAGGCACCACCAAGUGGGCGUGUACCCACAUUACCCGUACUGCCUUUCCCACCAGUCAUCGGAGAAAAAGAACAUACACCAUCAUCCCCAGAAGAACCAAAACCAAUAAAACGAAUGAAAGAUGAAAAGCAUGUCAGUAGGGUUAUGAGACUUCCCCUCCCUCCAUCUGCACCAGGAACCCCAGAUAGAAAUCUAAAAGAUCAUUCUUCUAAUUCUAAGUCCAAAGAAAGAGUUAAAAAACCGAUUAGCAUUAGUCCUCCCAAGUUGAAGGUAAAGAAAGAAGCUGUACCAGCAUUUAGGAAUCGCAAGGAACAAAGAGAAAUGAGGGCAGCAAAGGAGGCAGACUGGGGAGAGAGAUGUGUUGAUGUGUUCAAUAUCAUUGCUCCAGUGGGUGAAGGUACCUAUGGUCAGGUGUACAAGGCAAAAGAUAAAGAUAAAGGUGAGAUGGUGGCUUUGAAGAAGGUGCGAUUAGACAAUGAGAAGGAAGGAUUCCCAAUCACAGCAAUACGAGAGAUCAAAAUCUUGCGACAAUUAAACCAUCCAAGCAUUGUGAACCUCCGAGAGAUUGUAACAGACAAGCAAGAUGCAUUGGAUUUUAGAAAAGAUAAAGGUGCCUUCUACUUAGUAUUUGAAUACAUGGACCAUGAUCUGAUGGGCCUCCUUGAGUCGGGUCUGGUCAACUUUCACGAGGAGCAUAUACGUAGCUACAUGAAGCAACUACUAGAUGGCUUAGCCUACUGCCACAAGAAGAAUUUUUUACACAGGGAUAUCAAAUGUUCUAAUAUAUUAUUAAAUAAUAAGGGUGAAAUCAAAUUGGCAGAUUUUGGUCUAGCUCGACUCUACCAUGCAGAUGAUAAAUCGCGUCCAUACACAAAUAAGGUAAUCACUUUGUGGUAUCGUCCACCUGAGUUGUUAUUGGGCGAGGAGCGGUAUGGACCAUCCAUCGACGUUUGGAGUUGUGGCUGUAUUCUAGGGGAGUUAUUCACUCGCAAGCCAAUCUUCCAGGCUAACCAAGAGAUUGCUCAAUUAGAGCUUAUUAGUCGAGUUUGUGGAUCACCUUGCCCCGCUGUUUGGCCUGAGGUCAUUAAACUGCCAUUCUUUCACACCAUGAAGCCUAAGAAGCAAUACUCGCGCAGACUCAGGGAUGAAUAUGCUUUGUUGCCUCAUCAUGCACUGGAUCUUCUUGAUAAGAUGCUGACACUAGAUCCUAGCAAGAGAAUCCAAGCCUCCAGCGCACUUGAAUGUCAAUGGUUAAAAUCCAUUGAUCCAAAGAAGAUUCCACCACCAAAUCUACCAACAUGGCAAGAUUGUCAUGAGUUAUGGAGCAAGAAGAAGAGGAGAAUGGAACGACAGCAGGGCCAAACAUCAAAUAGCAAGUCCCUGCAUCAACAGAGAAAGGAAGCUGGCCUAGGUCUUACAUCUGAUGAUAAUAUUCCAAUACCAGGGUUAAGUGAUGCAGAUGUAUCCAGCUCUAAAAGUGGCACUCCUCAACCAGGUACUUCACAAGAGGAUUCAAAUGCAAGUGCUGCUGAGCAAGCAACACAAAAAACUAUCGCUAAACUUCUUGAAUUGCUGCAGACUCACCCAGAAAUGAAUGUUCGUCAGUUAGCGAAGGCAUUGAAUAUGAAGGUCGAUGAGACCACUGUUAAACUGCUAGAGAACUUAAACAAACAGUUAAAGAGUGCUGCUGCCGUGUCUGAAAAAGUCGUAACAAAAGUUGAACAACCAAGUUCACAGUCCGAUUCCAGUCCUGGGAAGGGUCCUAUUAGAAACAGUAGACAAUCAGACACUGGAUCAGAGAGAUUCGGUCAUGUAGGGCCUGGGGCUUAUGAUUCUAAUAAUGGAGCAGGUUAUGGAAGCUCGCGUGCUUCCUCAGAGUCGGGAGGGGGUAGCGAAGGUGGGUCAAGGUCUUCAUGGAAGCCUCCCACACCCUUGGGACCACCUCCUGAUUCACCAGAAAGGGAGGAUGAUCACCACCACAAUGUUGCAACUCCUGGUGUUAAAGCUGCUUUGAUACAGAUGCUGACAAUGCAAAGAAAGAUGUCAUCCAGGAAUGAGGCAACCAAUGAUAGUCAACAAUCUGCUGGCUUCUCAGGUGGUGAUAACUGAUAUAGCAACAGCCAAGGUGUUGUUGCCAGGCUAUUGUAAUACCACCUUAGAGGUGACCAAGAGUACUUUGCAAGACAUCUGACUUGCUGUACUUGCACACAAGAUCAAAGUGAGAUAAAACCAGGGUAAGGGAUUACUAGGGGUUAGUUGGCAUUGCUGAGCACAACAUGUUGGACCAAAAGAUGGGGAUGGUGGUAAUAUAAUUUUACUAUUUAUAUCAUAUGAUUUAAAAUUAAAGUGUAUUCAUGUUUGAUGAAAGUUUUCUCAAAAAAUUGAUUCAAAAUAUGAAUUUCAUUCACUUCUUGAAGUGAUAGAACAUUGUUUACUGUAGUUUGUUUUAUUAAUUAAUAAUAAAUUCUGGAAUUUUUUUGCUUUCAUUGUUCAAUGUCAUAAAUGAAGAGGACAAAUACUGUAAAGUAGAAUGUAAGAGGAUGAGUUGAGCUGCUUGUCAGCAAUGCAGUACAGUACAGUAUUGCAAGUCACUAAAUUUUGUUAUGUUCCUUAAUCUUUACAAUUUCAUUAUUGGUUCUACAUACCGUAUUUGCCUUCACACUCUCACCACUUUCAUGUGAUUUUGUAAAUGUGAAAAAAACUUGGAUGAUAAAUAUAUAUGUAGAUUAUAAUAAUGUUGAUUCAUUAUUUUUUUUUUCUGUAUGUGGAUCUGUUUUGCUCUUAGCAAGUUUAAAAUUGAAAACAGUACCAGCAACAAGAUGUGUAGCGGGAAGUCUGCGAUGUUCUUUAGAUGACUUUUAAUUUUGCUAAACGUUCCUAAUGACUUCCUUGUACAGUAUAAUAAAUGAUUGUAACAGAAA